AUGAACUGGGUGAACAUACGGACAGAUGCACAGAUGGAUGGAUGGAUGGGUAGAUGGCUGAAAAAAAAAAAAAAAGUUGAAGUUUGCAAACGAAAUGUCUGUUUAGUUGGCUGUUUUGAUACCGCUCAUAAGUCACGACAGUUGGAUAUGAAACAGCAAAAAGGGAAGGCUGAAACUAGUAGAGGAUUAGCAAAAAAAGGGCAUAAGAAAGGAGAGGGCGAAGGGAUUUGA